UAGUAGCAACAAAAAGCUCCUCUACCUUGAAACCCAUCAACAAAAACAGAGAAAAUGUGUGGCGGUGCUAUUAUUUCCGAUUUUGCCCCUCUCGUCACCAAGGCCAAGGGUCGUAAACUCACGGCGGAGGAACUCUGGUCUGAACUCGAUGUUUCCGCCGGUGACAACUUUUGGGGUUUCGAUUCCACCUCCAACCUUCAUCCCACCAACCAAGGUAACGUGAAAGAGGAGGCGGCGGGGAAGAAGAAGGAGCCGGAGACGGAGAAGCGGAGGAAGAGGAAGAACGUUUACAGAGGGAUAAGGAAGCGUCCAUGGGGUAAAUGGGCUGCGGAGAUUCGAGAUCCACGAAAAGGUGUCAGAGUCUGGCUUGGGACGUUUAACACGGCGGAGGAAGCUGCCGUGGCUUAUGACGUAGCGGCGAAGCGGAUCCGUGGUGAUAAAGCCAAGCUCAACUUCCCAGAUCUGACUCAUCAUCCUCCGGCGAAGAAGCUCUGCGUGAGCGAGUUAGCUCAGCCGGUGGAGUGCAUUGGGUUUGGAGACGGGGACGAGUUUCAGAACCAGAGUUACGGGUUUGAACAUGAUUACUACGAUCUGAAACAGCAGAUAUCGAGCUUGGAGUCGUUCCUUGAGCUGGACGGUACCACGGCGGAGGAGGAGGAGCCGAGUCGACUCGAUGAUACCGUUUCCGAGGUGGAUAUGUGGAUGCUUGAUGAUGUCAUCGCGUCGUAUGAAUGAAUGAAUUUAAGAUAUAUAUAUAUAUAUAUAUAUAUAUAUAUCGAAUAAAGAUUGUAUAAUAUCGCCGUUACUUGUUUACGGAUUUUACCGUUACAUUACAUUGCAACUGCUGAUGACGAUGAUGUGUGACUCAAAUCGUGCGUUAUUGUAUUUACGGUUUGUUUGUGGUAUUUUGUUAUUUGAGUUUCUAUUAUGGGAAACUUUGCAUGUGUAAAUAUAAGAUUUGUAAUAUAUAAUAAGAACUUUUAUAACUCUAUGUAUUUUGCG